UUGACCACAUGAGGUCCUCAUUUUCAAAACAAACAAAAUGGCGGCGCACUUGAGAUGGGGUCUUCUCCAAUUGUUGCGAGGAAGAAAUACGGCUCACUUUAGGUUUCCAGACAAUAUCAGGAGUUCAUACCACUCACAGUGCAUAACCCAGAGGUCCUGUGGAGUUCGGCCUCAGCCCGGGACAGGAACCACACACUUCUCAAUAAGACACCUGUCCAUUCAGACUCAAGACACUCCAAACCCCAGAAGCUUGAAGUUUCUCCCUGGUAAACCUGUCCUAGGAAGUGGGACACUUGACUUUCCCUCUCCAAACUCAGCUGAAUGUUCAUCUUUAGCCAGGGUUUUGUUUGAAAUCGAAGGAGUCAAAAGUGUGUUCUUUGGCCCCGACUUCAUCACCGUCACUAAAACAGAUGAAGAUGUGGAAUGGACAGACAUCAAGCGCCAUGCUUUGGAGGCCAUUGCUAAGUUCUUUGAAAGUGGUGAUCCGAUAACAACGGGGGCAGUUCACCAUGAAAGCAGUCAGUCCGAAGAUGAUGACGAUAUCGUAUCUAUGAUAAAGGAGAUUCUGGACACUAGAAUCAGGCCUACAGUGCAGGAGGAUGGAGGCGAUGUCAUCUUUAAGGGUUUUGAGGAUGGCACAGUUAAGCUGAAGCUGGUCGGUUCCUGCACAGGGUGUCCUAGCUCUACAGUCACCCUGAGGAAUGGGAUUCAGAACAUGCUACAGUUUUAUAUCCCAGAAGUGGACAAGGUGGAACAGGUGGAAGAUGAAGUGGAUGAAAUCAGUGCAAAGGUUUUCUCAGAGCUGGAACUCAAAUUACAAAAGUAAAAACUUCCUCGACCAACAUACUCAUGAACAGUGUAGAAGAAAAACGUGUUUCACUGUGUAAAAACACAGCCAUGCAUUAUUUCCACUAAUUACCAUUAUACAUCAUAAGAAUGAAGAGAGAAAAUUAUUUCCUGCUAUUUUGUGCACAUACUGUUAAGUGUUCAAUCUGUAAUUUGUGUGUACAUACUGUAUGCCCCUGCUAAGAUAUACUGUAUACCUGUUCACAGAAGAUGCUGUCAUUUUUCUAUCUAGACAAAAAAUGUGCUGAUGUGAUGGCUGUAAAUGUUGUGAUGUAUUUAUUUCUAUAAAUAUUGUAUAUUUUCAAAUAAUAUUUUCACAGGAUGGAGAGUUUUUGACGAUGUGUUAUGAUCAUGCAGAAUGAAGAUGUAACACGUUAUCAGAGUUGUUAGUUGUUGCCACCAUAUUCCAAAUGAAAAAGAACUGAACUUUUUUUUCUGUAAAUGAAAUAAAAUUUUUAUCAAAGCUUUUCAUCAAGCAGGUUUUGCAUCCUAAACGAUCUCUAUGCUUUUAGUGUACUUUGUGCUUCCCACAUAAGAUUUACUGUAUCAUAUUAAAGUUCACAGUUUGAA